GCAAAUAUAAAAUAUUCAUAUAAGUUUGUUUUAAUAGCUACUUUUUAGAAUUUAUGACGGCUAGACUUAUCUGACGCAACCAAUAGGUUAAUAUCUUUAAAUUGGAUUCAUAUUAACUUUAUUAAUUUUUCUUGAGUUUCGACUCCUCCAAAACCAACGUGGAAUGUCAAGUAAAGGGUCGAUGAUUUUUUUAAACUUUCUUUUCACUAUUGAUUCCAUCAAAAAUGUUAUUGGUUUUAUUGUUUGUGUGGGUAUAAUCAGUUUCAUAUGUGCGAUAUGUAACGUGUUUAGAUAUCUGGUGGACUAUAGUUGCACUAAUGAUUCCGCAAAUAUUAUUGCUUUUGUUUGCGUUGGUUUGGGUAUCUUUUAUCAUAUUAAAAUAUGGAGAGCGCCUCCUCCUCCUUCGAAAUCAAUCUGGGAUUUCUUUAUUGGGAAGCCAACUCCAGCUAAAAAGCAUCCUAAUGUACUCAUAAGAAUAAUUUAUAACGGUGCUUUAGUUGUGGGUAUCAGUAUUCUCCUAAUCCAAUGCUGCUUUGAAUUUUUUUACGAUAAAACAUCAAGAAUUGAGGCCUUGUUUUUAUGGUAAGUCAUACCUGUAACGCAAAUAAAGUAAUUAAUUUUAUAUAAAUGUUAUUGAGUUGUGAUAUACUAUAUUAAUUAUGCCGGUUUGGACUAGAAAUGCUCCGUAACAUGUUGCUCAAUAACAUGUUGCUUAAUAAAAUGUUGUUCAAUAACAUUUUGCUCAAUAACAUGUUGACUACUAUAAUAGUGAAGCAACUAUAUUUCUUUUUAUGACCAAACGUCAUAUCUGUAGCAUUCACUUCUGCGUUUUUUGUUAACUAAAUUAUUACAGAAAUGACAUGUGUGCUACAGAAAUGACAUAUGCAAAAUAAAAACUUGCACAUAGGAAAAAAAUAAAAUAUAAACACUUUAAGCCAACAAAGUAUUGACAUCCUACUAAAAAAUUAGUGCAUUUUUUUUUUUAAUGUUCUGCAAGUUUCUUCAAUUUUUUUGACUAAUCUAGAAAGAAAAAAGUUUUAAAAAGAAAAUUUUUAAAUAGUUUUUGAUGCUUUGAAUUUACAAUUUAUUUGUUUUUUAUACUAGAUAGUUAACAAAAAGGUAUCUGACAAAAAAUUCAAAUUUGGUUAUCAAACUAAAAUCAGAUAGAAAAAAUGCUACUAUAUUACGAGAUAAGGAAGCUAAAGAAAAAAUAAUGAAAUAAAACACAACGGCAAAAUUAAAUAAAAAAGAAACGUUAACAGAAACUCUUCCACAUUUUAGUGAGUCAGAAGAUGAUGAAGCUGUAGUAAAGAAAAGUAAACCUUCUACAAGUGCUUCAAAAAGAAAGAAAAAGCAGUAUUAUAGUUAGACUAGCGACAAAAAACAAGAGCAAGUACGGGAGUGAGUAAAAAAACACAGAGCUAGUCUAUCAGCAGAAUUGAAGAACGCAGACAAAAAGAUAGAAAAUAUCGCAGGCAAAGGAAAAUUGAACAACUGGACAAUUUAAUUUUUGAAUUCUCAAAAGAAAUCAACGUGAAACUCACAAAAAAAAAGGAAAAGAAAUUCUAAAGCGUAUAGAGAUAGAAAAGCUGCAAAAGCAUCAUUAUUGGAAUAUGCUGCCAUGCCAACAAUAAAUUUUUUUUGCUUGCUAUUUAGGUGCCCCAAGAAGAUCUAACGGUCUUUUCAUAGAGCACCGCGUAAGUGCAUUUAACCAGGAAGUUAACGCUUUCUUUCUUACCGUGACGCCAAAAUAUAUCCAGAGCUCGUUUCAAAUAUGGAUCUCCUGCAUUUAAAGCAAGCGCUGUAACUCCUGCGCCACGGCCGCACCAAUGUGUUGACAAAUAUUAAAGAAAUAUUGUCAUCAAGGUAAUCUGUUGGAAAAAAGAAAGUCAGAAUUGGGCGGUCAAAACUACCAAGAUAUUUCAAAAUUCGAAUCCAGGUUCGCACAUACGAAGAUUAACUUCUCAUCGAAAAAUUACACCUGAAAUUAUAAAAAAAACUUUAAUUUGGAAAAGUGGUUGUUUCAUCACUUUAAAAAAAACAAAGUCAUUGGAAAUAGAAAUAAAAAAGUACUGGCAAAAUAUGUGGCUAAUCCUUUUUUUUAUAAAAAACAAGUUAAUUGGAAUGGCAAGCAGUUUGAUCAAGUACAAAAUGAUCAAAAAAGCUUCAAACAAACUUGAAUAUGAAAGAAAAAGAACCGUGACUGGAACAAGAUUAAA